AUGUACGCCCAGAUGCCAGAGAUCUACCUAUGCCCGUGCUGCAGCGAGUUCAGCAAGCAGGAGGAGCGCGAGCGUCUUCUGCGCGAGGCCCGCGACGCCAAAGAGGCUGAACGUCGCCGCCUUAUGCAGCUCGACGUCUUCGAGGAGCGUGCGCGGCCGCUGCCCUCAGGGGAUGUCCGCCGCAAGGCCUACCGGCGUAUCAUGGAGGAAGAGGAGCUGGCGGAGACAGCCCCGAGCGUGCCGCCACCGCCGCAGACGAUCGAUGACCUGCGUCGCGCCAAGAGGGAUCAGAAGGUGCCGAAGCUGAUCGUCACAGUCCACUGCGGCCGAAACGUGAGCGCGGAGCACAAUGACCGGAUCUCCGUUAUCGUGCGCUGCGGUGCCUUUGAGGGCCAGACCGAAAAGGUGCUGCGGGGCAAGGAGGUGGUGAUACCGUGGGAGGAGCUCUUCGAGUUCCCGUACAUCAACCACAACGAGCCACUGGAGGUGCUCGUCGUGAACGAUGCGCUGCCCGAGAAGAAUGACCAGUUGAUCGGCGGCCUGGCUGUCCCGUGCAACGUUCUGCACGACGGCCGCCAUGGUGACCAGGAGCCGCUGCCGAUCAUGCCGGAGGAUAGCAUGCAGACUGGCUACGGCAGCUGUCAAGAGGGUCCGCUGGGCACCAUUGUGGUCUCCUGGUACCUGCGCGGCGCCGAUGACAAGAUGGACGAGGAUACGAUCGAGCAGCAGACGCUAAACGUGCCGCUCGGCUGUACCUUUGUGGUCCACAACUUAUUCCAGUUCGCCGACCACGGCGCAAAGGCGCACAAGGGCGGUGUCCUGUGUGUGUUGCGCGACACGGAUGACAACUGCUCCGAGUCCGUGCUCUACAGGCCUGGGGCUCAGCUAGAGCCAUCGCUGUCGCCGUUUCACACCACGGAAGGCUACUACUACCUCCCUGGAAAUCCGUCGCAGGUUAUGCAGCUCAACACGGAGCGGAAGCUGGGCCACAUCCUCAUAUGCGUACCGAAGCAGGAGAACUCCUCGGAGGAGGAGGAGGAGCUUCUCGUCAUCGGCGCGGUGCCACUGGAGUUCGAGCGUCUGUACAACAAGGGAAAUGCGGUGCUGCUGAUUGAGUCCAAGUCGAAGGAGGACGCCAUCUGGGGCGAAAUCUCGGUCGAGUGGGCGAACAAACCGCUGGAUGAUAUGGACCUGCACCCUUCCCCGAUGGCAGUGCAGAAGGAGUCGCUGUUCUUCACCGUCGUCCGUGGCUGCAACCUUGAGCAUCGUGACGGCCAGCCCGUAACGCAGGGCUACGUGUCUGUUGCCUCUGGCGACCUGGAGGGUACCACCGUGGAGGCGCCGGUCACCCACGACUCAGACGGUAAAAACAUCAUCAACUGGAACCAGGAGGUCCGCUUUGUCGACGUGGACCCAGCUCAGAAUAUUAUUGAGGUGCAGAUGUACGAGAAGGAACGCCUGGUGUCUGUCGGCGCCUGCGAGCUAGAGGACUCUGAUGAAGGGGUAGUUAUCGUUCAGAUGUACCAUGCCGCGAGCGUCAACGAGAAAGCUGGCGAAAUCGUUGGAAGCUACAAGCGUCUGCACGCCCCGCGUCUGGUGGAGGAGGGCAUAUACCGGAAGCACCGCGCUGCCGAGGAAGCAGCCUACCAGGGUGCUGACGAGGAGGACGAAGAGCAGGAGGAAAUUCACCGGCCCGCCGACCUGGAUGGGAGCAACGUGGACGAAGACGAAGAAGAAGAGAAAGAGGAAGAGGAAGAGGAGGAGGAGCCACAGGCGACGCAAGCUCCCCCGAUGACUGAACACGCCAUGAGCAUCAACGAAGAUCUCUCGGAGGAAGAGAAGGAGGCCGAUGAGGCCGCGCCGCAUGAGACACCUCAAUGGCAGAGGAGCGAACAAGAAGAGCAGGAGCACGAGGAGGGCGAGGAAGAGGCGCCACAGCAGCAGGAGUACCUCGAAGAGGCGCAGUCUGAGGAGCCACAGUCUCAGGAAGAGUUCCAACAGGAUGAGGAGCAAGAGCAGGAGUCUGACGUCGACGUCGAGGAGGAGCUGCAGCCCGAAGAGACGGAAGAUGUGGAGCAUCUGACUCACGAGUCGUCGGCAGAGGUGUCGAAAGAAGCUUCAGAGCACGAGGAGGAUGGAGAGGAGCUGCAGCGGCCAGCAGGGGCGUUGGAAGGCACUUCAGAGCAAGAGGAGGAGGAAGGGGGACUGCAGCGGCCGGCAGAGGCGUCGGAAGAGGUGUCGAAAGAAGCUUCAGAGCAAGAGGAGGAUGGAGAGGAGCUGCAGCGGCCGGCAGGGGCGUUGGAAGGCACUUCAGAGCAAGAGGAGGAGGAAGAGGGACUGCCGCGGCCGGCAGGGGCGUUGGAAGGCACUUCAGAGCAAGAGGAGGAGGAAGAGGGACUGCCGCGGCCGGCAGAGCCGUUGGAGGGCGCCUCAGAGCAAGAGGCGUCGGAAGAGGUUUGGCAGCCCGAGGAGGAGCAGCCGGAGGAGGAGGCCUACCACGGUGAGCUGCACCGCCGGGAGUACGGGUCGGAAGAAGCGCAUCAGACGGAGCUCGGCGAGUUGGAGACUGAGCACUACCACGCCGCGGCGCAGUCUGCCGACAUCCCUACGGCGGAGGCGGCGGGGGCUUACCCUGCUACCGCCGGCUCACGGGCGCGCCGCCGUCCGUCGUGGGUGGCCUCUUCCACCAAAAGCAGCGGUUACAAGCAGCCAUGGUACCCGUCAGGUGCUCCGGAAACAGAUCAGCACAUUCCCUUCUCCAAGACUAAGCUGUCAAAGAAGAACAUCGAGAGCAUUCGACACCUGGAGACGUGCAAGUCGCGCAUCGAGGAGGAGUCGGUGCGCCGUAGCAGCACCCCUCGCCGCUCAAGCACGCGUGGUCUAUCCCCCAGCUCCCAGUAG